UUCCUUUCUGCCCCAAAUCUAUCUCCUUCUCUCUCUCUCUCUCUCUCUCUCUCUCUCAUCAAUCAACAAACAAUCCUCAAUAAUACCAGCAAAAUCAAUCGACCUUCCCCCACAAAUUCACCUGAAACAACCCAAGACCCGCAAGAAAUUUCAUCAAUUAUACGAGCAAUCUACUCUAGGAUUGCAAUCAAUUAUGGUGGCAGAAGCGGAGUUUAUUUCCUUUCAAUGCCUUCACCUUCCCCUUCCCUCGCCUAGUGUUCAACCGGAUUUCUUCGACAUGUCGCAGCCCGGUACAGCUGCGCCGCCUAUCCUCUUCGACCUCUCUCGCCGUGAUUCGGCGCUAAGCUGCUCAACUAGUUUACAAACUACCAAAGUGUCUGAGACUCCAACCAGGAAGUUUUUACCAAGAAUUCGAUCGGGCAGCCACACUGAUAUUGGACCUCGUAGUUCCAAUGAGGAUGAGCACAUCAGGAUUGAUGACCUAUCUUCUCACUUGGGCUCCCUCUACAGCUGGUCAGAGCCGAGCUCCUUUUAUGCCGUCUUUGAUGGUCACGGUGGACCUGAUGCUGCAGCUUUCAUGAAGAAUAAUACCAUGAAAAUUUUCUUUGAGGAUGCUGAAUUGCCUCAGACAUCGGAUGUUGAAGAAGCCUUCUUGCAAGCAAUGGAGAUUUGUCACCUAAGAUCAUAUUUACAGGCUGAUCAAGCCUUGGCUGAUGAACUCAGUGUUGAUUCCUACUGUGGAACAACAGCACUCACCGUUCUGGUUCUGGGAAGAAAUCUACUCGUAGCAAAUGCCGGGGACUGUCGUGCUGUCCUCUGUAGGAAAGGAGGUGCUAUUCAGCUAUCACAGGAUCACCGACCUUCUUGUGAAGUGGAGAAAAAGAGGGUGGAGGAUUUGGGUGGUUCAGUUGAAUAUGGAUACCUAAAUGGUGAGCUUGCAGUCACACGAGCUCUGGGAGAUUGGUAUAUGAAACUCCCAGCUGGAUCUGCUUCACCUCUCACUGCCGAGCCAGAAUUUCAACUGACUAAGCUGACUGAGGACGACGAGUUCUUGAUAAUUGCAUGCGAUGGUAUUUGGGAUGUGCUGUCGAACGAGGAGGCAGUGAGCCUAGUACAGCGAGAGCUCAGGUACCACAACGACCCAGGACAAUGUGCUAAAGAGCUCACCAGUCAAGCAUUAAUGCGAGACACAGGUGACAACGUCACAGCCAUUGUGGUUUGUUUCUCCUCUCCUGAGCGCAAAGAUACAGUUUCUUGUCAAAGACCAAGACUGAGAUUCUGCAUGUCUGAAGAAGCAAGGGCCAAGUUGAGGGAGUUCAUAGAAGGCAAUUGAAUGGAGCCAUAUACUAUAUUCUUUAUGAAGAUAAUCAUACAUAUUAAAUGAUUAUUUUUUCUUCUUCUGUUUUGAGGUUGCUUCAGAAACCAGUGAGAAAAAGCAACCUUGUAUUGGUGGUAGAGUCAUGAGUGAAUCUAUAUAUUAUUGAAUUUGAACAAUUUUGGUCACUUAGGUUCUUGUAUUGUAUUCAACUUUUUUGGCUACUAUCUCAAUUGAAUGUGAACCCUAUAAGAUUCUUGUUCA